CCCUACAAGACGACCUGGACACGUGAACCAAGUUGCCAGUCAGUUUAAUCACAACUGACACAUCGUGUCAUUCAUCCAUCAGAGUAUAUCAGAUUAAUACCAGCAGCAGCAGCAGGUGGCAAAUGAUUCGAACGGACGGUACAGCAUACAGACAUUAUUCCAUUUCCUCCCCCCGUGAACCGCCAUCAGCAGUUUAGUAGUACGAGUACAGGUAAGCCGCCUUGUCUAGUUUUUUUUGUUUGGCGACAGCCAGUGCCGCCUUCAAGCCGAUUCCUUCCUCCUCGUCCUCGUCCUCCUCCAACCAACCGAUUCUCACGAAAAGACACACGGCGGUAAAGGAAACCGCGAGGGGGGGGAUAAAACUGUGACAUGUUCAUGCCCUAAAGUGCCAAAAGGAAGACAAAGACCACACCUUCAAUUCUCUGUGCUGCUGCUGUUACGAGCCAAUGCUCCCCACACACAGAUGCACGUGACUACGUGAGCCGGGACGCCUGGUCCCUCCCAAGGCCAUUUCCUUCUUUCACUCACCCUUGCUGAAGCCUGAAGAAGGGAGGGACGACGAAGGCCAUGAAGUGAAGCUCUCGUUAUUUAAACACCCCUCUCUUUCCCUCCUCAAACACAAAACCACAUACUCUGGAUAUCACCUUGCCUUCCUUCCACACAUAUACACACACAUACAGACAUACACUCUGAAACGCAAAGAUGAUGCUGAGGCUAAAAGGUCUCACCUUCCUUCUCCUCCUCGUCCUCUGCUCCAGCGUUCAUCAAUGCGAGGCGAGGAGCGGCAAGAAUUGGAGUUGGAGGCGAAGCAGCAGCAGAGCACCGUCCACCUCCGCGUUCAGGAGAAAAGGGAAAGCAAAGAGCAGCAGCAGCGGUUCCCACAAGCAGAGCGGCAAAGGGAGUCGUCAGAGUCCAUACCAGCCCAGCCCGGCCAUCACACCUGCUAGCCCGAGCGGCGACCCUGUGCAGGGCAAUGGAAGCCAGGCGGCUCCCGCUCCAGCAAUGCCAGCACCUAACGGCGGCGGGUAUGGAUACCCAUUGCUGACUCCGCCGCCGUUGCAGCCCUCACCAUCGGCAACUUCACCACCAGCAGCGCCAUCAUCACAGGAUACAGUCUUCAACGUGGUGGACUUUGGAGCUAAGGGUGAUGGAGUUACUGAUGAUACUCAGGCCUUUGAAGCAGCAUGGGCAGCAGCAUGCAAGGUGGAGGCAUCUACAGUUCUCGUACCAUCUGAACAUGAGUUUGUUGUGGGCCCAAUCUCAUUCUCUGGGCCUUACUGUAAACCAAAUAUUCUAUUCCAGCUAGAUGGAACUAUUUUAGCUCAAACCAGUGCAAGAGUGUGGGGUUCCGGUUUGCUUCAAUGGCUUGAGUUCACAAAGCUAACUGGAAUAGCAAUCCAAGGCAGUGGUGUCAUAAAUGGUAGGGGGCAACAAUGGUGGACAUAUUCAGAUCCAAAUGAUGAUGACAACGACGACGCAUACUAUGUGGAGCUCGAUAAGAUGCCACAGAUUAAACCUACGGCACUGAGGUUUUAUGGUAGUUCCAAUGUCACGGUAACUGGGAUAACGAUUGUCAACAGCUCCCAGUGCCAUCUCAAGUUCGAUAGCUGUCAAGGAGUCAUGGUUCACGACUUGACCAUCUCUUCCCCUGAGCAUAGUCCCAACACUGAUGGAAUACACCUGCAAAACUCCAAAGAAGUCAGCAUUCACCACACUAACCUGGCUUGCGGUGAUGACUGUGUUUCCAUACAGACAGGAUGCAGUGAUGUAAACAUACAUAACGUGAACUGCGGACCAGGGCAUGGAAUCAGCAUUGGUGGUCUAGGAAGGUACAACACAAAAGCAUGUGUAUCCAACAUCACCGUAAGAGAUGUGAAAAUGUUCAGAACAAUGACUGGUGUCAGAAUCAAGACUUGGCAGGGUGGUUCAGGGCUGGUCCAAGGCAUAAGGUUCUCAAACAUACAGGUUUCAGAAGUCCAAACACCGAUAAUAAUAGACCAAUUCUACUGCGACAAAACAACGUGCAGGAACCAGACAUCAGCGGUGGCCGUUUCAGGCGUUCAGUACGAGAACAUCAGGGGCACCUUCACGAUCAAACCUGCCCACUUCGCGUGCAGCGACAGCUCGCCUUGUUCGGAGAUCACUCUCACUGGGAUACAACUCAAGCCCCUGCUAGUGCCACAGUACCACCUGUACAACCCCUUCUGCUGGCAGGCAUUUGGAGAGCUCUACACCCCCACCGUGCCCCCCAUAUCUUGCUUGCAGAUCGGCAAGCCAGCAGGGAACAGCGUGCUGUCUGACGGUGACCUUUGCUGAAACGCCAAUCCAGGAAUUAGUGUUACUGCUUGUGUUCAUCAGUUAAGGCGGUCGUCGUGAUUCUUCCGACCCCUUUGCGUGAUGCUGUGUAACUGUGCAUAGUGCAUAUAUGCAGCUAGUGUCAGGAAUCAGGAUGUGGUUUCCAUGGCACAAAACCAACUCCCCUCUCCUCUUGAUAGGAAAGGUAGUGUUUGCACAGUGUCUCCAUUUUCCAGUGAUGCAUCCUGUAUGGGGAUACUUCAGGGUAAGAGUGGCAUAGGACGAGUCGUCUGUAAACAAAUAACUACGGAGUAAUAGUAAGUAGCAAAGCAUGUUCGCUCUUCAGA